GCACACAAUGGCCAGUCAGAAUGCCAGUGGCUAUGAGCAGAUGCGACUGAUCCAAGCUGACCCCGUCCGGAGGAGCAUUUCAGUGGCGCUGACUCAGGUCUUCGUGUGGCCCUUCGUCUACCUCAUCUUCCUCAUGAUCUUAAUAUUCUCCAAGAAAGAGACUUUCAGAACAGAAACACGUUAUAUUUUGUUUGGUCAUUCUCUCCUGGUAGACCUAAUAUUUCUUUGUCUGACAGAUAUUGUGGUGGUCUUAUCAUAUAGCUUUGUUGUAAUACCUCUACGUUUCUGUAUCCCCAUCUGCAUGUUGAUAGGGGCAGUCACAGCAUGUGCACCACUGACGAUUGUAGCCAUGUGUGUGGAGCGUUAUGUGGCCAUUUGUAUGCCACUGCGACAUCAUGCAAUCUCCACCUCUAAAAGAGCCCUAAUAGUAAUUUUAAUGAUUUGGAUCCUGAGCUCCAUAAACCCCUUUGUUGAUAUGUUCAUCCUUAUUAGCACUGCCUCUCGUGAAUAUUUGUCUCAACUAACAUACUGCCACUAUGAGAUUAUGAUUCCUGAAAAGAUGCAUCAGUUUGCUAGGGGACUGUUGUAUAUUGUGGGGCUUGUGAUUAUUUUGACAGUUGAGGUCUUUUGUUAUGUAAUGAUAUACCUUGCUGCACGUGCAGCAUCUGGUGACAAUAAGAAGUCGGCAUCAAAAGGGCAGCGUACUAUUUCCCUCCAUAUCCUUCAGCUGGUUUUAUGUACGGCUGAGGUCAUGUGUCCUUACAUUGAGGCUGUAGUUAUGCAGUAUGAUAUUAAUAUAUACCUGAUUGUCCGAUAUGUAAAUUUUCUUACAUUUAGUAUCACUUCUAGAGCAGUAAGUCCUCUUGUCUAUGGAUUUAGAGAUGAGAAAUUCCACACAGCUUUGAUUUAUUAUAUCAGAUGCAAAAACAACACCAUCUCAUCUGACACAAUUAAACAAUCAUGAUUGUCUUUUAGUACAAUCUUUAACAUUAAUAAUUUUUUUUUGUUUUUACGUUUUAAGAGCGCCCAUGUGAUUUUAACAGGCCUAAAUUCAUAUCCAAAUGCAUCUCCAGUACUCCAUAAUAUUAUAAUAUAUUAAAAAUAAUCAAAUAAAAUAAAACCAUCCAGACAAAUGUGUAUUUGUCUGGCCAAUAAGGUCUUUGCAAGCUGCCUCACACAUUCGGUAUAUUGUUUAAUAGCGACCUCUGCUGACCAUAUUAAGCAUUGUUACCCUUCUGUUUACAUUACUUGCUUUGUAUUCACUCACAUGAUUUUUA